AACAAUUAAUUCCGUCUGGCUUGAUAAGGUUGUAGUUGGCGGCAAUGGAGGACUUGUGCAGGACCUGCUCGGGAAAAUCCGAUCCCGAAACCGCAAGAAAUUUAUUUGAUACAUCUAGUACUCUGCUAAAACACAUUUACACAUUGACAAACAUGGUACUAAAAGAUGAUGUGGACUUUCCGAGGUUUAUUUGCCAGCAGUGUCAGCAUGAUCUACAGAUAGCUAUCGACUUUCGCAGAGUCUGUCUGGAGGCGCAAGAACUACUCCAACUUAAGAAAAAGAAAGUGGAUGAUUCUGGUCUGGAGGCUUGGAUCGAGGAAGAAGAGGAUUCUCUGACAACUACUUCUCAUAUCACAAAUCAUACACAGAAGUCACCAUCGCCAACAUAUCAUACCGAGGAUGAGUUAGGAGUAGGGCAAAGGGAGGCCGACUUUCUAAAUGGACGGCAGGCGUCUGCAACUGAGCAGAUAUCGGUUGUAUUGGUGGAAGAGUUGGAUGACAAGGAUAGCGCAGUUCUUGAUGAAAACCAGGAAGUCAGUAACUCUGUUGAAUUACAAAGUAUCAUAUGUGAAAGUAUCAUAGAUAAUUCUGAGGAUUUCGAGAGCAUAGACAUCUGUUGCAGCAAUUGUGGGCUGAGCUUUGGUUCUUUGGAAGAGCUCAGAACCCACAAAUACCAGCUACAUGAUGUCUCAUUCGAUACGAGGUUCGUUUGCGACCACUGCGGUGAGGGCUUCAGAUCGGUGAGUGGUUUAACCAGGCAUUGCAAUGUAGUCAACCUUCCAUUGACUCACAAGUGCGUCAAGUGCCCCUUGAAGUUCCCCAAUACGAUCCUGUUGGAGUGCCAUGAGGAACGAUGCAAUGCACCUGUGGAUGCCCGGCUGGUGUGCCACAUAUGCGGCAAGCAGUUAGCCAGUACAAGCAAUCUGAAAAAUCACUUGGUGCGUCACAUGGGCACUCGUUCCCACAAGUGCAGUGUGUGCGACGCUUCUUUCGCCAUAGCCAGUGAACUCACUGUCCACAUGAAAUGUCACAGCUUAGAACGGCCGUAUACGUGUCGGUAUGACUGUGGAAAAACCUUCAGAUAUUGCAGCGCCCGCAGCAUUCACGAGAGGAUUCAUAUGGACGAAAGCAAGCGACCAUACCGAUGCGAGUUUUGUCCAAAAGCAUUUGUUACACCAAGCGAUUGCAGGUCCCACCAAAAAUAUCACACCCUAUCGCGGAAUUUCAGUUGUGAACCAUGUCGUAUGCAUUUCAAACUUAUGAGGCACUACAACCUCCAUAUAAAGUCGAAUACUCACAAGGCGGUUGUAAUGAGAGUUAAAGCCCAAAAGCAAUAA